AUGCUCGGCUUCCUCCGAUCGACAUCGAGCUCAUCGCUCAACGGCUCGGCCUCCGCCGCCGCCGCCGCAUCAGCCGACCCGGACAGCAGCGCCUCGCUCGACCUCUCACUUGGUGCUAGCAGCAGCGGCGAUGUCGACGACCGCAGUGACAACGACGACGACAACGACGACGACGACGACGGUGACGCCGACGGUGACGCCGACGACCAAGGCGACCUCUCGCUGCCCUCCGAGGACGGCGACCUCUCCGCGUUUGCAUCGCAUGCUACAGUGAGCAAGAGCAGCAGCCACGGGUCGCUGCCCCGCUCCCCUCCGUCUGCAUCCAACAGCCUCACACCGGGGGGCGUGCUGGGUGCGGUGCGAGACCAGCACCCCAACCUCUCAGUGUUCCGACCCAGCUUCACCGACAGACUAGCCUCACCACGUACCGACAGUCCCAGCCAGGCUGCGGGGCCGGCGAGCGCUAGCAGGCUCCCUGCGUCUUUGUCGUCGUCGGCCUCUUCCGCAACCUCUCCCGCCACGUCUUCACGCGGCAGCCUUCCGGACUCGGAUUUGCCGUCGGUCAAGGCGCUACAGAGCAAGCAGGUCUUCAUGCUCAAGCCAAAGAAGCGCAGGCCGGCUAGUCCGCCCGAAGCCUCGACCGAGGUCAGCAGCGGCACCACCACCGCUUCGUCUGGCUUCCUGAUCCAAGGCCUGAAUCCCAGCCCAGCCAUCACAGAGGACUCGUCAGCCGGUAGGCGAGUCAGCUCGCCGAGCUCCAGCUGGCCGACAACAACCACGCCAGCUGUGGACAGGAUCCGCGCCGAGGCAAGGCCGGCCACGCCCCUCGGUUCGGGUGGGUCGCCGAGCCUUGCACGCACGCCGGAUGCUUCUGUCCGCGGCAUCCUCCGACUGCCCAGGACGCCGGGGACUGGCAGCAGUGUGCGCUUUGGCAAGCGGCUCUACGACGACGGCGACGAGAGCGCAAUGAGCGUCUCGGCCGAGGCGAGCCCCGAACAGCAUCGCUCGCCCGGAACCUCAAACGCCACAGAGACCGACCAACAGAGGGCCGCCCGCAUCGAAGACGAGGCCGACGUCGAAUGGUCGCUCUCGGUCGGCUCGCCGCAGAGGCGCGACACGCCUGGCGGGCACGGCAACGGCGCGUCGCUCACGAGCUCGCCACACGCCCAGCUCAGCCUCAGCUCGCUCAACGACAGUCCGGACCACGACCAGAUCCGCGCCCUCCGCGACCUCAGCACCAGCACCGAGGGCGACGACAGCAGCGCAAGCUUCAACGACAGCAGCGACAGCGGCUCGCAAAUCAACAAGUCUCGACUGCCCUCGAGCAGCCCCACGGUCCGCAUCCCAGCACCAAGAGCGAUGCCACCAUCUCCGCUCGGCCGUGAUGCAUCCCCGUUCAUGGAGGGGCCCGGCCGCGGAAUGCCCUCUGAUGCGCUCGACGGCAACGACAGGCACGAGUCGUCCGAGUCUCGUCUGACGGGCCUCUCUGCCGCCUUCGACGACCAGACAAACGAGGCAUCCAACCUCUUUGAUCUCUCGAUGGAUAGCAUGCGCAGGAUGGACGACACCCGCUCCCUCGCCAACAUCGAUGCAGUCCGCACAGCCGGCCGAGCGCUCCGAUCUCCGCGCCUCGGCGACGUCAGUCCGCCGCUGCGGGAACCCAAGUCCUCGCUCGAUUCGAUGCCCUCGUCGAUCAGCUACGACUCGUCCGAAGCCAGCUUCAGCGAGAGCUUCCUCCGCGAGGCGGGAGCAGAGAUGCUUGCCGGACUCGAUUUCGACUACGUCGAGAGCGCAUCGACCUCGUCGAGGGAGGCCGGAGCCGAGGCUGGAGAAGAGGCGCAUGCGGGUGAGGACCAGAUGGCUGCGGCAGCGCCCGAGGAGGGCUCGCAUGACAUCCAUCCGGCCGAUGAAGACAUGCCUCUCGAGACGCCACGUCCUACGCGGUUUGCCCAGCAGCUCAAAGAGGCGCAGGACGAUUCGCUGCCGACAUUGCUCCCUCUCGAGGAGGCCACGAAUGCCGAAGCCGAGGCAGAAGCAGUUGAUUCCGAGACGGAACCCGCUGUGGUCACCAUCGCGACGCUCGAGCAAGACGAAGCCGACGACGAGAAUCUUUCACGCGAGCAGCAAUUGGUCGACAGCCCCGCAGCACAGCGGGACACGGCGCCGCACGACGCCGAAUCUCCAAUGUCGAGCUCGCCGCACAAGCACUCCGACUUCUCCCUCCCAAACACGACGCCGAGUCAGCCGAGCAUCGAGGCAGCUCCGAUCUCGCCCGCGAAGGACGGCGGCGCGCCUCGAAUGCCCUCCCCAGAGACACCCGCGUCGGCGGCACGCGUCGAGGCGCUGUCCCGGCUGACACCCGGCAACCUGAGCAUCGCCACGACGGCGGCAGAAUGGGCCACGCCUCAGUGGACCGGGCCCACGUCGGUUCGACACAGCGCAAACGGUUCCGAGGACAGCGUCGACCGAUCCCUCUCGUCAUCCGCCAUUGCCUCCUCGCCCACGCGCGAGAAGUUGGCACGCAAGAUAGGCGAAUUAGGCAGUCGAAGCCCAUCUGCUGGACAGAUGGUCCUCCGACCUGGAAGACUCACGAACGACGGGACGUGCUCGACCCACGACCAGCGUGAGAGCGCCGCCGAUUCGGCCACGUCUGAUCUCGAGGAGAUUGUCGCCGUCAUCCAACAGCUCGAUCAGGCGCACACUGAGCACGGCAGCUACCUCGUCAGCCGGGUGCAGCAGGCCGAGUCCAAGUUCUCGCUGCUCUCGCAGGCCCUCAAGCAGGAGACCCGGGACAAGGAGCGCAUCGCGCGAGAGAAUGACGUGGCGAGGAGCAAGAUCCAGCUGCUUCAGGAGACGGUGGACACGAUCCUGAGGGAGCACGAGGUCACCAAGCAGCAGAACCAGGCCAAGGACGACGAGGUCGAGAAGCUGGUGCUCAAACUCAACUCGCAGCUGGAGAGGAGGCAGCGCGACAAGGACUGGCAGGUCCGGUGCGAGGAGCUGCAGCGUCAGCUCGACGAGGAGACGCGCGCGCGCGCAGUCGAAAGGCAGGACUGGGAGGUCAGGCUCAGCUGCGCUCAUCGGAGUCAAGGCACACCCGCCGAUGCCAACGCAGCUUCCGGCCCGACAACGGGAACGAUGGACCACGAGGAACGACAGCGCCUAAUCCAGGAGGUGCGGGAGCAGACGCGGGACAGCUGCCGUCGCGAUUUCGAGAUCCGCAGCGAGAUCGCCCAACGGCAGUCGCAGCAGGAUUUUGAACGUCUCCAGGCGGCGCUCGAGGCGGCUAAGCUACAGACAUCCGCGUCGGACCUCGAAGCCGAGCGACAACAAUGGCAACUGCAGCAUCACGAGGAAGCUGCCGCGCAGGCCCAGGCGACAGAGGGGAUGCGGCUAGAGCUGGAGGCCCUGCGGGAAGACCUGCAUCGCGAGUCCGACAGACACGCCGAGCGAGUCUCGCACCUCGAGGAUCAGCUCCACGAGGCGCGCCAAGAGGUUCAGGAGCUCGAGCAGCAAGUCUCGACCAGCAAAGAUGGCCAGACGAAGGCCGACGAUCGCGCUGUCGCUCUCGAGUCCGAGCUUCAGAUACGCGCGACGGAACUGCACGAGUGCCAGCAAGAACUCCUGCAGGCCAACAGGAACUAUGCCCUCGUCCAGGCCGAGCUCGACGGGGCGCAGGAUGCAUUGCGACAGCGCGACGGAGAGCUGCAGUCCCUCCACGCUGAGCUGGACGAGUCUCGAGCCGCGCUCGACCAAUCCCUGGACAGGAAGCAGUCCGAGGUCGAAGCGGAACUCGAGCACCUGCGCGCGGAUGCUCGCGCCUCUGCGCGGGCCGCAGAGGAGCUCCGGACGGAGAAUGCGCAGAUCGAGGCGAUGCUGGAGCAGGCCAACGAGCAGCGGAAAGACGACCUCGAGGCGAUCGCCAAGCUCCGCCUGAGCCUCGACGAGGCUGGGCGGGAAAAGGAGGACGUCCUCGUCAGCCUCACGGAGCUGGAAGAGCACCACGCGCAGGAGCAGGCCAAGCUGCGCGAAGCACAGUCCCACGCGCAGCGGCUGUCCGAGGACAAGGCAAAGCUACUGGUGCAGCUGCGCGAGGCCGAGGCGAUCCAGGACGACAGGCUGCGCCAGCUCUCGUCGCAGCUCGAGAUGGUCUCGGUCGAGCUGGAGGCGUCGCAAGCGCAGCUGGAGGCCAACACCCGGACCUCUGCCGACCACGCCGCGCUGCAGGAGGAGCUAGUCCGGCUCCAGGCUCGCGUUUCGGCGCUAGAGCACGAGGUGGCGGACCGCGGCCUGACAAUCGUCAAGCUGACCAAGGCCAAGGAAACGCUCGAGGACGAGAACACCAACUACGGAAUCGCGCUCAGCGCCAAGCAGCUCGAGCUGAGCAUGCUCAAGCGCAACGCGCGCAUAGCGCUGGGCGAGGCCGCCAGCACGCCGAGGGCCGACGCUGCGACCAAGCAGAGCGGCGCCGUCGACGGCCAGCUCGAGUCGACAGAGGAAGAUGCAGAGCCCGUCGAGGCCAUGACGCUUCAAAAGGGACCUGCAGCGCUCAAGGGCCAUCGCCGUCGCACGCUCGACCCGGCUACAGUCAUUGGCGUCGGUCGUCUGCGGCCGUCGCGGGCCAGCGUGACGUCGGCCACGGCCUCGACGCCGAAGCAGCCCGCCCCGCCCCACGGCGGCAGUGGCGGGAUCAUGGCGCCACCCUCGUCCACCAAGCCGCUGUCGCGGCGUCCUUCUGCGCUGAAAGCGUCGGCGGCUUCAUCGACAGGGCCCUCGACGUCGAGGAAGGUGUCGGCAGCGACACAGGCCCGCAUCAACCGGCGGCAGAGCAUGACGGCCUCGGCCUCGAAUUCGCAGGCCUCCUCGGCCGCUUCAUCGCGUGCCGCCUCGCCCGUCGGCUCCACCGCGUCCUCGCGGCGCUCUUCGAUCUCGAGUCAGGCCGCGGGCUCGGAGAAUGAGGCACCCUCGCGCGCCUCUGCUUCCGCUGCGGUGCGACGACGCAGUCUCGCUCCGCCUCCAGGCAACUCGACGACGCGGAUCGGUGCACGGCCGCCACAGACGCUGGCUGCGAUGCCCGAGUCGAUCGGUCCGUCGGUUGCUGACCUUUCCCUUUCGCUUUCCGAGCUCCAGAACGUCUCCGGAGACGCUUCGGCUGCUUCCAAGGAUCCGAGGGCGGCGGGCAUCCACCGCCGCCUCAGCAUGCUCCCCGCGCCCCCCACGGGCGACGACGGGACGUCAACACCGCGCGCCUCGCGACGUGGCGCCGACCUUGUGAGCAGGGCAGCGACGGCGUCGAGCACCACGCCGCCCAUGCCCGAACGGCUGCUGCUGCCGGCCUAG